GGAACUAUAGUUACAUGUUCAUUUUCUUCCGGAACAUUUUUAACGAGGCACCAAGACCGGCACAUUCAAGAAGGUGGAGUGCAACCAUAACACGGUUUACAAUGUCUGUCACCUUGCAUACAGACCUCGGGGAUUUAAAAAUCGAGCUUUUCUGUGAGCGGACUCCAAAAUCCUGUGAGAAUUUUCUAGCCUUGUGUGCAAGUGGUUUCUACAACGGCUGCAUCUUUCAUCGAAACAUUAAAGGGUUUAUGGUCCAGACAGGAGACCCAACAGGAACAGGAAAAGGAGGAACAAGUAUUUGGGGACGAAAAUUUGAAGACGAAUUCAGCGAACAUUUAAAACACAAUGUUAGGGGGGUGGUGGCGAUGGCAAAUAACGGACCUAAUACCAACGCUUCACAAUUCUUUUUCACCUACGCCAAACAGCCACACCUGGACAUGAAAUACACAGUGUUUGGAAAAAUAAUCGAUGGUUUAGAGACUCUGGAUGAGUUGGAGAAACUCCCCGUUCAUGAAAAGACGUUUCGGCCUUUGAAUGACGUCCACAUUAAGGAUGUGACUAUUCACGCAAACCCGUUUGCCAUUUAGGGCUUUGUUGAUCAGGAUGAUCUGUAAGGGCAGUUCUUUAAUAAUGAUGAGGUUUAAUGUUUGUACAGAACACUUGUGAUUAGUUUUGUAUUUUUAUGUGUAUUUUCCCCUUCUGUUUAUGUUCUUUGUUUUACAAAGAUGAAAUGUAAUUGUGUAUGAUUUUUAAAAAUAUAAUUAAAAAAGAGAUUGUGUAAA